AAACAUGAAACGCACCGUAUCAUUAAUCAAUAAAUGGACUAAACGCCGUUAAAACGCACACACUUUAUAACAGCUCUAUUACUUCUUGUUCUCCCACUUCUUCAAACUCCGAGAAAGUGAAGAGAAACGCGAGAAAUUUUUUGUAAAGGAAAAAAAAAACAUGGACGAAGAUUGUUUUUCGCAAUGUCCCAAACACUUUUCAAAACGCGGUUUUAUUGGCGUUUGCCCUUUCUGUCUCCACGAACGACUCUCUUCCCUUUGCCCUGACUGUGCUACCGAUAUACCAUGCUCCUGUAGCUCACGCGCCGCCGUGUGUUUCUCUCCGUCGUCUUCUUCGUCUUCCUCUUCGUUCUCCCUCUUUGCCGGAGACAUUACUUUUAGUUUCCCUGGGAGCGGGUCCGUAGGUCGAGUCGCGAGUUUGAUCGAAUGCGAACCGGCGUUUCGGAGAUCAAAAUCGAUGGCGGUUCCGAUUAAACCGGAUACAGUUGACGAUUCCGGGUCGGGUAUUGAACCGGCUCGUGGGCUGAGUAGGAAAACGGUGUCGUUUUGGAGGAUGUUGAUGGGAAACAGAGGAGGAGAUACGAAGCCGGCGAUCAUGAGGAAGUCGAGAUCUGUUGCGGUCGUGGGAGAUAUGAAAUACUCUCCGGCGACGGGAAAAGGGAAGGGGUGGAGUUUUCCGAGCCCGAGUAAGGUUUUUAGGCAAUCGAAGAUGAUAUUUCAACAAAGGUCUCCAUAGUACAGAGGUUGAGAUUUUCUGCUAGUUUCUUAUUGUUUUUGUUUACUUGAGUUUAAAGCAGGUUAUUAAUUUGUUCAUUUUCACCUUUCUCAAAUCUUUGUAUUAUAAAGUGGAAAAUAUUAAUUUCUUGAUUUGUUUUAAUUGUCAGCGAAUAUGAUUCUUCUUUA